AUGCCCUGUUCUUCUGGUCAUCCGCUCUUUGGUGUCGUCCCUUCGUCGUCGUCUUCAUCGUUUACGAGAAGGGAAACGCUUCAUCAUCAUCAUCAUCAUCAAAAACAACGAAGAAGAAGAAGAACAUCGACGGGCGCAACGACGACAACAAACGCCACCUCCGCUGGACAAAGCCCGCGAGAAGGGCGGGUGUAUUCCUCUUCCCCUUCCUCUUCCUUCUCCUCCUCUUCAAAACUAUCUCUGAUCGUUUGGGACGUCGAUGGUACUCUGGCAAACACCACAACCUUAGCUUUCGAAGCGACGAACACGGUGCUCAAAAAGCACGAGUUGCCCGAGAUAUCGCUCGAACAGUACGAACGUGGGAGCAAGUACACGACCCCGAAGAGGUUUUCCUAUCACGCGUGUGGCGAUAGCGAGGGCGAAAGAGAGUUAGGGGAGAAGUUAGGCGCGAGUUUUGAUGAAUAUUACGUAGGAUUAGUGACGACGGAGACGGCUGGAUUGUUUACCGGUAUUCGGACAAUCGUCGAGAGAACGAAGAAGACGGGCGGGGUGAGACACGCGGCGUUAUCGAAUGCGUGCGGAGAGUACGCGAGGAGGGUCGUCACGGUGAACGAAUUAGAUUCUAUUUUCGAAGUGAGUUUAGGCGCCGACGAUGUUUCGAAAGCGAAACCAGAACCGGAAGGCAUUCGAGAGCUUUGCGAGAAACUGAACGUAGACGUAUCCACCGCGGUUUACGUUGGAGACGCGCCGAGCGAUGGGAAAGCCGCGAAAGCGGCUGGGUGCAUGUUCUCAAUAGGUGUAAAUUGGGGAUCUCACGAUUUAAGCGAUGCGUCGAACAAAGAACAUUUCGAUAUCGUUUGCGAGACGAGGGAGGAGUUGGAACAGUUCUUUACGAUGUGCGGGGCUCUCGUUGAACUCUAA